AUUUUUUUUCUUCUUAUUAUCGUUACUCUAUGACAGAAAAUCAUUAUAUUACUGAAAAGAUAAAAAGCCUCGGUCUAUGCUCAACUGUUCACCACAUAAAAUCUCUCUCUGGAGGAAGUAUAAGCCAAGCUGCAAAAUAUACAACAGAUAAAGGAGACUUUUUUGUCAAAACAAAUAGGGAUUCAGAAGCAUACAAGUGGUUCAAGGCGGAAUCAUUAGCUCUCGAACGUAUCAAUCGUGCAGUCCCAGGCUUUGCUCCAAGACCUAUCCAUUAUCAAGAAAGUAGUACAGACUACGAGCAAGCAUUUAUCGUGACAGAGUAUGUACCGAUGGCAGGAAAGGCAUCAGGACACGAUAUUCAAGAAAAGCUAGGUAUCUCUCUAGCUCAGAUGCAUUCCAAGGGAACAAGCGAGAAGUUCGGGUUUAAUGUUACAUCGUAUUGUGGAACAACAGAACUGGACAAUAGCUGGUGUACCGACUGGUGCCAGUUUUGGUGUAAGCAGCGUAUGGAGCCACUUUUCAAUCAGGUGCGAGGAAGGAAUAAAGAUAUCGAUCGGUACGGUAAGGAGCUAUGUUCUCGUAUGGAACAUUGGCUAGGGCCCGAUGUGCUACCUAAUAUAAAACCUGCGCUCCUUCAUGGAGAUCUGUGGAGUGGUAACUGGGCAGUUCAUGCAAACACCAAUCAACCCAUCAUCUUUGAUCCUGCAGUUUACUAUGGACAUAAUGAAGCUGAGUUUGGUAUGAUGAAAAUGUUUGGUGGAGUCAGCCAAGCAUGCUUUGACGCGUAUGAUGACAUAUCUGAAACUCCUGUGAUUGAAGGAAGAGAGGAGCGAGUGAUGAUAUAUGAACUAUACCAUCAUCUUAAUCAUUACGCCAUGUUUGGGGGAAGUUAUGCAAGUGGUUGUAUAGAUAUUAUGGAGAGACUAUUGUAAAUUAAUAAUAUAUUGAUGAUCCAAAAGUCAGCAUGUCUUUGUUUUAAUCAUGAGAUAUAAACAGCAGAGUAGCAAUGCCCAUAUAUUAACCGCUGUUCUGCAGAAGAUGUUAAGAAAUCGAUUUUGAUCUGUUGUAAACAAUAAAAUAAAAUGAGGAUAACUUCUAAAUACUAGAAG